ACAGUGCAGAGGGAGCAGGAGAAUACUAGUGAACUGAGGAUCGUGCUGGUGGGAAAGACAGGAGUAGGGAAGAGUGCCGUAGGAAACACUAUCCUGGGAAAAGAAGCAUUUGAAUCUUCAUUGUCUAGCUCAUCUGUGAGCUCAGACUGUGAUAAAGUCAAAGGAAUAAUAAAUGGCAGAAAGAUUGCUGUAAUAGACACGCCAGGCCUUUAUGAUACUGGCAUUCCAAAUGAUAAAACUGCGGAAAGGAUCAAGACCUGCAUAUCCCUGUCUGCACCGGGCCCUCAUGUGUUUUUGGUGGUUGUCCAAUCGGGAAGAAUAACAAAAGAAGAGAAAGACACAAUGGAGAUAAUCAAGGGAAUCUUUGGUGAAGAAUCCUCGCAGUACAUCUUGCUGCUCUUCACACAUGGAGACAAGCUGGCAAAACAUAAGAAGACUAUUCAUGAAUUCGUUAGAAGAAAUCCUGAUCUGAUUCAUUUUAUCCAGACGACUAGUGGACGUUAUCAUGUAUUUAACAACGAAGACGAGGACAAGACGCAGGUUAACAUGCUGCUUGAACAGAUUGAGCAGCUGAUUACAAGAAAUGGUGGAAGUCACUAGCAUGAAAUGCUGCAGAUGGCCGAAAGAGGAAAAGUCAAGAAUUCAAAGAGAAACACCAAUGGAUGA